UAUUUAUAUUAUUUCUUUCCUUCAAAUCACUCAUUCAAAAAACUUUACUCUAAAAUUUUCAUAUAAAUAAAUAAUAAACCUUCACUCAUUCCCAUUAUAAAAUAUUUUCCCAAGUAUUUGACUUCACAAACCCCACCACCGUCAUGCCCGGAGAAACCACAAAUCUGAUCGGUGGUGGUGACAGCGCCGCCGUUCAGAUCAACCACCACCGCCGGCUACCUGAUUUUUUACAAACUGUUAAUCUCAAGUAUGUGAAAUUAGGCUAUCAUUAUUUAAUAUCUAAUUUAUUAACUUUAUGUUUAAUCCCUAUAAUGAUUGUUAUAAUUAUAAAUGCAUCUCAAAUGAACCCAGAUGAUAUUAAAGUAUUAUGGUAUCAUUUACAAUAUAAUCUAGUUAGUAUUAUAAUUAUAUCUACUGUUUUAGUAUUUGGAUCCACUUUUUAUAUCAUGACCCGACCCAAACCCGUUUACUUGAUUGAUUAUGCUUGUUACCGACCACCCGACCACCUUAAAGCCCCAUAUGAACGUUUUAUGAGACAUUCGAGGUUAACCGGUGAUUUCGAUGAUUCCGCUUUAGAGUUUCAAAGGAAGAUCUUGGAAAGAUCUGGUUUAGGCGAAGAAACUUAUGUCCCCGCGGCAAUGCAUGCGAUUCCCCCGCAGCCGACUAUGGCGGCUGCGAGGGAAGAAGCCGAACAGGUUAUGUUCGGCGCGCUAGAUAAGAUGUUUUCUAGUACGGGUAUUAAGCCGAAAGAUGUAGGGAUUCUUGUCGUGAAUUGUAGUUUGUUUAAUCCGACGCCUUCUUUGUCGUCGAUGAUUGUUAAUAAGUAUAAGUUGAGAGGGAAUAUUAAGAGUUUUAAUCUUGGAGGGAUGGGGUGUAGUGCAGGGGUGAUAGCGGUUGACUUAGCGAAAGAUAUGUUGCAAGUUCAUAGGAAUACGUAUGCCGUUGUUGUUAGUACGGAGAAUAUUACCCAAAAUUGGUAUUUCGGGAAUAAGAAGUCGAUGUUGAUUCCGAAUUGUUUGUUUAGAGUUGGGGGAUCGGCGGUUUUGUUGUCGAAUAAAUCUAGGGAUAAGUCUAGAGCUAAGUAUCAGCUUGUUCAUGUGGUGAGAACUCAUCGUGGGUCGGAUGAAAAAGCAUUUCGGUGCGUGUAUCAAGAGCAAGAUGAUAAUGGGAAAACAGGGGUUUCCUUGUCAAAAGAUUUGAUGGCGAUUGCUGGUGGUGCUUUGAAAACUAAUAUCACGACUUUAGGUCCUCUUGUUCUUCCGAUUAGUGAACAGCUUUUGUUCUUUUGUACGUUGAUUGCUAAAAAACUGUUCAACAAUAAAGUCAAGCCUUAUAUUCCUGAUUUCAAAUUAGCGUUUGAGCAUUUUUGUAUACAUGCGGGUGGGAGAGCUGUGAUUGACGAGCUAGAGAAGAAUUUGCAGUUGUCGCCGACGCAUGUGGAGGCAUCUAGAAUGACGCUUCAUAGGUUUGGAAACACGUCUUCGAGCUCUAUUUGGUAUGAGUUGGCGUAUAUCGAAGGUAAGGGGAGGGUACGAAAGGGUCAUAGAGUUUGGCAGAUUGCAUUCGGAAGUGGGUUCAAGUGUAACAGUGCGGUUUGGAAAGCGGUAAGGAAUGUGAAACCAUCAGAACACAGUCCAUGGGCUGAUUGUAUCAACAAGUAUCCUGUUGAAAUAGUCUCUUAAUGUUCAUUAACGUUCAAAACUGGUAUUCAGAUUCAGUUUUCGGUAUAGCUGAAAUGCAGAUUUCGGUGUGUAGCUUCAAGGUCGGAUUCUACUACCAGAGAGGCAUGCUGGGUUUUAGCCUUGUGCUGGUAUUUUAGUUCGCGUUCUCCCGUUCAUUGUAUUGUUUUUGAUCAUUUUAGUUACUUCCAUUUGCUAGUUUUUUUUCUGUGUGCUUUUUUGGAUACCAAUUUAUUCAGAUUUAUGAAACAAUUGUUAUGUUUCGAUAUUUAGCAUUUAUGAAACAAACAAUAUAUAUGGCAUGUAACAUGAGUAUAUUAUAUCUUUAUAUUAUAUACAUUAUUAUUAUUCGUA